AUGUGUAAGAUUCUUGGUCAGGAUUCCCAACCAAGCUGCUCCGAUGCAAGUGAAGGCCUCCACACAGCCAAUACGGCAGAUUGGAGUAUGAAAGGGAUGAAUACUCAAGAUUAUCCACAAGAGGAGUUAAGGCUUUGUAAAUUUUCAGCCAUUGGGAAAACUAGUCAAGAAGAAGACUCUGAAAAAAAUUUAGCAGAUGAUGAAAGGAAUGGAUGUGAGAAACCUAGGAAAUCCAAGAAAACAAAGACUACUUUAAACCAUAGUAACUUCUCACAAGAAGAACAUACAGAGAAAGCGAAGAGUGGGAUUGAAGAAGAUGAACACUAUAGGUGUUGUCUUUCACCUGAGAGAUCGAGGUUUUUUUCUCGUGAAUCAUCAGAGAGAGAUUCCACUGAUUCGAUUAUCGAAGACAUUGAGAAGAGAAGUUGUUUUGCUGAAAUGAACACAGGCCAUUCUAAAAUAUCACCAUCUCUGUCAGAGUCAGAAAUCUCAAAUGUUGAUUAUAUGAUUGAAAAUCUAAGAUCAAAAUUGCAGGACUUCUUGGACUCUCUCCGUUAUCCCUCUGAGGAAGAAUUAUUGAAGGAGUUGAGUCAUGAAGAUGUUUUACUUCUUUCUGUGGUAGACCAGAAGAAGUCAGAAGUUUCUUCUUCCCACCACAUUCAGGAUUUUUGUAUUUUCAAACCGUUUUAG